AUGAAAUUGGUCCCAAUUUUCCUUAGUUUUUCGCAUAUAAUCAUUCCUGCUAUAGCAUCUUCAGGAGAUCGCUCCGACGACUUUCAACGAUGCCUCCUUCACUGUGACAACACUAAAUGCACCGAAAAUUCUGCUGAGUCUUUGUCUCUGACAUUGAGGUUGACGCGCUGGACCUGCACAGACAAUUGCAAAUAUCUGUGUAUGCACGAAAUCACAGCUCAAAAUAUCGCAUCUGGGCUCGCUAUACAUCAGUACUAUGGCAAGUGGCCAUUUUGGAGAUUUGUCGCCCAGGAACCUGCCUCUGUUUUGUUUUCGUUGUUGAAUCUCCAUGUACAUGUCAAGGGUGCACAGAGACUGCGGAUGAGACUGGACGAUUCGCAUCCGAUGAAGGUUUUCUAUAUGGGCUGGUCCUUCGUCAGUAUCAACACUUGGAUAUGGUCUUCUAUCUUCCAUACACGAGAUACUCCGUUUACUGAAAAGAUGGACUACUUUUCUGCUGCCUUGACAAUCCUCGUCGCGUUGUACUUUACAGUCAUUCGAUUGUUUCACUUCUAUGCACCCACCAGCUCUCUCACUCUGGCCCAUGAACAUCGUUCAAAAGACAAAACUCUACUAAGGCUAUGGACUGCUGCUUGUGUCUUGACAUUUCUGGGACACAUAUCAUAUCUCUCCCUUCUUAAACACUUCGACUAUUCCUACAAUGUCAUUUUCAACCUUGUCAUCGGCCUGGCGCACAAUGCUCUAUGGUUGUGUUAUUCCUUCCCCUAUUCUAUAUCAUUUCUGCGGCGAUUCCCUGGUCGCUCCAAAAGAUAUCGACCACAUUUCGUUUACAAGCCUGCAGUGCUUGUGUCUCUAAUAGUUGCUGCGAUGGCUUUGGAACUGUUAGACUUCCCUCCUUGGGCUCUAAUUCUCGAUGCCCACUCUCUAUGGCACCUCAGCACAGCCCCAAUCGCAUAUCUGUGGUAUCAAUUUCUGAUCGAAGAUGCUAGUGAUGACAGCUGGAAAGAGCAAAGGCUGCGUUGA